AUGCGCAUUGAGGCUGAGAUGAUACCCCUGGAGAUGAACGCCAGCAAAGAAGUGAAGCCACAACUCUCUUGGUAUCUAGCAACGCCACUUCGGGCUCUGGAACGACAGGUGGAGGCAGCAUUUCUGUCUGGCAACUUCAUGCAUUCAGACCACUUCUCGAGAUUGUUGGACAAAAUUGUUGUUGCAGUCGGCGCUGACAAAGAUGAAUUGGCAACAUCCAUGUUACUUCGAAUUCUGAACCGAAUCAUGGGGAAUUGCAGUGACUAUGUUACAACCCUAGCAAUGUACGAGAAUGCAGCGGAGUGCUAUGGGAAUAUGGAGAAGACAUUUUUGAAGGAGGGUUCUCCGAUACAAAGAUUUCUGCAAUUGCUCCUGGAUAACAAAUUGUUUGCUAUUACGGUCAAUUCAAUUGACAAAAACGAAGGAAACAUUGUCGAAAGCCAAUGUAUCGUCAUUAAUUUGUUUGCAGAUCAUCGUCAAAGUGCAACUGAUGAGACGAUGCUUCCGGAAAUUGAUGUGAAGCUUGAACAUUGUGAAGCCAGUUUUUUCUCGAAAGCAGACUUCAAGGUGGUGACGUCAUCGCAAGAUUUUCAAAAUUUUCAAAAUUUUGAAAAUGAAUCAGAACAAGACAUAUAUGCAUCCUCUACUUGUACCUGGAAUGAGAAGGAUGACAACAAUAACGGCGAUGAAGAGCAGUCAAUUUCAACUGUCUCAACUUUUCACGACAGUGAAAUCACCGAUGAAUGUCAAGGAAAGGAGUAUGUCUUGGAUGACGCAACAAGCAUAAUUGAUGAUGACGACGAAGAUGGAAAUUCCUCUGAUGAGUAUGAUGGAACGACUGAAGAAGAGGAAGACAUGGAGGAAGAGCCAUCUCUUGGGAUGGGAUGCAUCGGGUUGAAGCUGGAUGAUGAAUGGGAAAAUGGAUCCAACGGGCUUCGCCUACAGCUCGUUUAUGAUGGCGACAACAAGUACUAUGGAUUCCGUAUCUUUUUGAACAAUCCUGAUGUCGAUGGUGAUGGCCAACAAGACAAGGUUUUGGUUGCGGGCUUGUUUGAGAAGCCGAUUCAACGGCGGGACCCAAAUGAUGAACUGAUCGAUUGUGGCUUGAAACAGGUAAUUGGAUUUGUUAGCUGUGACAAGAAGAAUUCCUGGGCGACUAUGGGCAUGAUGGACAGCGCGAGUGCAAGGUCGAACUGUAUCUUCUGUACCCAACCAAAAAGCACUUAUAAGACGAACUUUCCAGACUGGAUGGUACAGUAUGCCAAAGAACACGGUUUCGAGAACGAGCGAUUAGCAGCCAAAGUUGAAGCUGGGUGGAAAGAUUAUCCCUCCCGCUGUGGAGAACACUCAAAUUCAAUCAUGUUUCAGAAGCUUGAGGAAGAUACCAACAACGGGAACAACACAUAUUCUGAAGAUGAAUUACGAGACAUUCGAGAAAGACAUGGAUGUGUAAUCAACAAGCCACUUCUUGAUAUCCAUCCCUCAAAACAAACUUUUGGAGCCCUGCAUAAUGGGGCCGGCUUAGAGAACCACUUCAAGAAUAAUAUAGAUGGGAGACUGGGAAAAAUUGAUGCACUCAAGACGAAUCCGGAAACAGUGACAUGGUUGGAAAAAGUGGCCGAUGCACAGGGGCGGUGCAAGCAAAUAAAGGCCACCACCAAAAGGCGGCUUACUACAUUGAAACAGAAAAUCAAAAAAUUACAAGCAAACAUUGACAGCACAAGAAUUAACGUCGAACGAGCGAAGGAUCCUCGCAGAAGAUUUGCAUCAACGACGGAUGAUUGUGUGCAUUACAUGCAAGCACAACUUGCUAGUUUGCUUGCUGAGAAAGAACCCGUUGUCCGUGAAUGCGGCAAAAAUCUCCGACUCCACAACGGCGCAGUUGCCUUACUGAAAGCUAUUGAAAAAUAUGACGGUACAAAGAAGCCCAAGGGACCAGCUCAGUGGGCCUUUCGCAAAGCAAUUGAAAUUGCAGGUCCCAAAUUCAAUCCACAAUUUGGCGGAAUGGAUUUGUCACAUGCUCACGGAUUAUUGAUGCUUGAGAAAUGGUCCGAGAUCAUGGCAAUGGUCUGUGGUGCAUACAAACCGGGUGAUGGUAAGCAUGAAAUGGUUGCAAAAGCAAUGGAGGGCUCAGAAGAGAUAGCCACGCCUUUGUUCAAGAUGAACAAGCUCCUCAAGUCCCAAAAAAAGUGGAAUGAUGAAAAGAUCAAUGAACUGAAGGGGUAUUGUUACCAUGUGUUCUUCAAAUGGUUGGAUAUCUUUCCCAAACAGGGCGUCUUUCCAAAACUUCAUGAUAUGGCUUGGCAUAUCCCACAGUUCGUUACUCAUUUCAAAAUGUAUGGAAUAUUGUCAGAAGAAUCUAUGGAGAGUCGUCAUAUAGUUCACAAGAAAUUGGCUAGAAUAUUGAGAUUCAUGCCAAACAAGAAGCAGCAAAAUGAAGUGUUCACAAACCGCCUUCAGGUUUAUCAGCUUCCAGAAUUUGAAAAGGUGAAGGCAGAACUGAUUGCAAAAACCACCAAGAAGAAGAGAGGAAAGUACAAUGUCAAGCCAAAGGACAAUGUUUUGCCCAUUUCGCUGCCUGAGCUGGUCAUGGAUGGCGCGAACAUUCGCAUCAACAAAAGUAUGUCAAUCAAACCAGGUUUGCUUGAAGUCUACAAUAUGGUUGUCUGUGGCAUUGUUCCAAGCUCCUGGGAAAAAAUAUUUAGGGACAGAGACGAUAUCGAUGACACCCAAAAAAUAAAGGCUGGGUAUUCUUCCCAACUAGAUAGAUAA